AUGAAACCUGAAGUUGUCCUCUCCCUGUGCGCCUUGACGAUUCCCGGCGUGAUCAUCCGUGGGAAUGACUACCUUCCUCGCCUCGGUCCUGAUGCCACUCCCGCCUUGCCAGCUCUGUCCACAGCUGCACCGAUUCGUCGCGAUGAUCUUUCACUGCCUCAACAACAGAUUCCCAGCACUGCACCAAUCCACUCAAGCACACCACUGCCUGACAGCAGCUUUGAGUCCAGCGACGGUGCACUUGUUGGCGGCAAUGGCGCUACCCUGGAAGAGCAGAGCCAACAAACAAGUGAACCUGUGCUGUCCGGGUUCUACGUCCAAAACUCGCGAUCAAAGUACACUUCCCAAGGCCGGAAAAAGUAUCUGCCUCAGGAAAAGCCCAAGAUCCUGUCGCCCCAGGACCAGCGCCUGCCCACAGCCGAAGAGAUUUCACAGUACCUCAUCGAUCUCCAGGGUCUCAAUGAACACGACAACAACCCAAUCUCGAUACCAAUACCGUCGUCCGAUCACUUUUACCGCCCGCCUGCCACAGUUCUGCCGGACCCGGUGGUAGCCGAGUCGCAUACACAUCCGCAACUGCAGCCGCAGCCACCCAUUCCCUUUGGCGGAUUCCGCACGGCACUGCGGCCGUCGCACACUCGCAAUAUGUGGUGGGCUCAGCGGUCCCAGCAGUUGGGUGCUCUGCCCAAUGCUGGUCCGUGGGGACGGCGCUUCCGCAACGAAAUGUGA